UUAAUGUGGCCGGGGAGCUCGGCUCUCCUCGGGCCACGCUGGGAUCCGCCUGGCAGCCGCCGGGAGCCCCAGCCAAUGUGUUAGGACUUCAGGUGCUUCCUGGCACAAAGCUAGCCUGCGACCUCCUACCGUAGCGCUUGGCGUCACCUGCUCUCCCGGCCCUGCCCCGGGGCCGAGGGAUUGCGUCCCGAACCAGGCUUGGGAAUCGGCUGCCUCUCAAAUGAACCUCUAGUCUUGCUUUGAAAAAGCCAUUUUGUGUAACUGUUGACUGAAUAAUUUCCUAAUACACCUGUUGGGAGGAUCACUGACCCAGUAUGCCAUUUGAGAGGUACUUUUUCUUGACCAAAUACUGGUGAUUAGAGAAGAGAGGUGUUUUGUUUUUUUGUUUUUUUCCUGAUCAUUAUGAACAUUGGCUUUUCACUCCUGAAGUAAAAAUGUUGAAAGCUGAGUCUUCAGGUGAACGAACCACUCUCAGAAGUGCCUCUCCUCACAGGAAUGCAUAUAGAACUGAGUUCCAGGCACUAAAAAGUACCUUUGACAAACCCAAGUCAGAUGGGGAACAAAAAACGAAAGAAGGUGAGGGCUCCCAGCAGAGCAGGGGGAGGAAAUAUGGCUCCAAUGUCAACAGAAUUAAAAAUCUAUUUAUGCAGAUGGGUAUGGAACCCAAUGAGAAUGCUGCAGUCAUUGCCAAAACAAGGGGCAAAGGCGGACCUUCAUCCCCUCAGAGAAGAAUGAAGCCCAAAGAAUUUCUGGAGAAAACGGAUGGCUCAGUUGUUAAGUUGGAGUCCUCCGUUUCAGAACGAAUUAGUAGAUUUGACACAAUGUGUGAUGGCCCUUCAUAUUCUAAGUUCACAGAAACUCGGAAGUUGUUUGAGAGAAGUGUGCAUGAAUCAGGACAAAACAACCGAUAUUCCCCAAAGAAAGAGAAAGCUGGGGGGAGUGAACCUCAGGAUGAAUGGGGUGGUUCCAAGUCCAACAGAGGCAGCACUGAUUCUUUGGACAGCCUCAGCUCCCGGACCGAGGCUGUCUCCCCAACUGUGAGUCAACUGAGCGCAGUAUUUGAGAACACUGACUCCUCCAGUGCCAUCAUUCCCGAGAAGGCUGAAAACGAGUACUCAGUGACUGGGCAUUAUCCCCUGAAUUUACCAUCUGUUACUGUUACAAAUCUUGACACCUUUGGUCACCUUAAGGAUUCUAAUUCUUGGUCUCCUCCAAGCAAACACGGUGAUGAUGCAGAGGAUGCUCAGAAGAGUAGUACUACUCCAGUACCGGAAGUGGCUUCGAAAAGUACCUCUCUAGCUUUGAUGCCUAGUGAAGAGACACAGCAGAGCAAGGAAGCCGAGGACUCCACCUCCAACCAAGAGACUCCUGACAGAAUUGACAAAGACAUUCCCGAAGAGACUUGUGCUGAGGAUAAGGCAAUGCCAGAGUCUGAAAUCCCUUCACCACAAAAUGAACCUUUAGGAGACGCUGAAGCUAAUUUGGGUGGGAGUGAGGCAGCAAUGCAACAGAAGAAAGAGCUAGCAGGUGUUGAUUUUACCUCUGCUGGUGCUUCUGGAUCCAGUUGUGGAAAGGAAGGACCCGAAGAUUCAAAUAAUUUUGAGAGUUCCCAUGUUUACAUGCACAGUGACUAUAAUGUGUAUAGGGUAAGAUCCAGGUAUAAUUCAGACUGGGGAGAGACAGGCACUGAACAGGAUGAGCAAGAAGACAGUGAUGAAAAUAAUUACUAUCAACCUGAUAUGGAAUACUCAGAAAUUGUUGGAUUGCCAGAAGAAGAAGACAUCCCAGCAAAUAGGAAAAUUAAGUUUAGUAGUGCUCCAAUUAAGGUUUUCAGCACAUACUCCAAUGAAGACUAUGACAGGAGAAAUGAUGAAGUUGACCCUGUGGCUGCUUCAGCUGAGUAUGAACUCGAAAAGCGUGUAGAAAAGCUGGAACUCUUCCCAGUGGAACUAGAGAAAGAUGAGGAUGGACUUGGUAUAAGUAUUAUUGGAAUGGGUGUUGGAGCAGACGCUGGACUUGAAAAGCUGGGAAUAUUUGUCAAGACCGUAACAGAAAGUGGUGCUGCCCAACGGGAUGGCAGAAUACAAGUCAAUGACCAGAUUGUGGAAGUGGAUGGAAUCAGCUUGGUGGGUGUCACACAGAAUUUUGCUGCAACAGUUCUCAGAAACACCAAGGGCAAUGUCAGAUUUGUUAUUGGGCGCGAAAAACCAGGGCAAGUGAGUGAGGUAGCCCAGUUGAUAAGCCAGACGCUGGAACAAGAAAGGCGCCAGCGAGAGCUGCUUGAGCAGCACUAUGCCCAGUACGAUGCUGACGACGAUGAGAACACUGUGGCUGAAUUGCAAGGAGUGUCUGGCAACUGCAAUAACAGUAACAACUAUUUCCUUAAGACAGGAGAAUAUGCCACAGAUGAAGAGGAGGAUGAGGUAGGACCUGUUCUUCCUGGCAGUGACAUGGCCAUUGAAGUCUUUGAGCUGCCUGAGAACGAGGACAUGUUUUCCCCAUCAGACCUGGACACAAGCAAGCUCAGUCACAAGUUCAAAGAGUUGCAAAUCAAGCACGCAGUUACAGAAGCAGAGAUUCAAAAAUUGAAGACCAAGCUGCAAGCAGCAGAAAAUGAGAAAGUGAGGUGGGAACUAGAAAAAACCCAGCUCCAACAGAAUAUAGAAGAGAAUAAAGAAAGAAUGUUAAAGUUGGAGAGCUACUGGAUCGAGGCUCAAACGUUAUGCCACACAGUGAACGAACACCUCAAAGAGACUCAAAGCCAGUAUCAGGCCUUGGAAAAGAAAUACAACAAGGCAAAGAAAUUGAUCAAGGAUUUUCAACAAAAAGAACUUGAUUUCAUCAAAAGACAGGAAGCGGAAAGAAAGAAAAUAGAAGAUUUGGAAAAAGCUCAUCUUGUGGAAGUUCAAGGCCUGCAAGUCCGGAUAAGAGAUUUGGAAGCUGAGGUGUUCAGGCUACUGAAGCAAAAUGGGACUCAAGUGAACAAUAACAACAACAUCUUUGAGAGAAGAACGUCUCUUGGCGAGGUCUCUAAGGGAGAGACCGUGGAGAACUUGGAUGUCAGGCAGACGUCUUGUCAAGAUGGCCUAAGUCGAGACUUGAAUGAAGCAGUCCCAGAGACGGAGCGCCUGGAUUCAAAAGCACUGAAAACCCGAGCCCAGCUCUCUGUGAAGAACAGACGCCAGAGGCCCUCCAGGACAAGACUCUAUGAUAGUGUCAGUUCAACCGACGGGGAAGACAGUCUAGAACGAAAGCCUUCAAACAGUUUCUAUAACCACAUGCAUAUUAGCAAAUCACUUCUGCCCAAGGGUUUGAGAAGUUCUUCUCCAGAAUCAGAUUCUGGUGCUCCAUCCCUCACUUCAGUGGCUGGCAGUGUGCCCUUCUCAUCUGACCACAUCACUGAAUUUCAAGAAGGACCACUGCACCCAGAAAGGGAGCCUUUCUCCUCUGUUUGGGGAGACACUUCACUCUCCUCUCCUUCAAAAUCUGAUCAUAAUAUGAAAGAAUCUCCUUGCCACCAUCAAGCUACCACCAAGAAAAUAUUACAAGAAAAAGAUGGUGCCAAAGCUCCCACAUCACUAAGGGCAUCCAGUUCAUUGGUGAUGCAAGGAGGAAAAAUUAAGCGGAAGUUUGUGGAUCUGGGGGCACCUUUGCGAAGGAAUUCCAACAAGGGAAAGAAAUGGAAAGAAAAAGAAGCCAAUAGGUUUUCUCCAGGUAGCAGGUACAGGAUCUUCAGGAGCAGGCAGGAGUACUGGAAGCUGAAGCCAUCCUCCUCAGCUCAGGCCUCCACUCGCUCACCUUGCUUGCCUUUCCUGUGGUUUAAUGAAAGCCGGAAAGGAUCCUAUUCCUUCAGGAAUCUGCCUUCAUCUGCAAGUCCCCUUCAGCCUUCUCCUGAGACUCUAAUUUCAGAUAAAAAGGGGUCUAAGAAUUUUACCUUUAGUGAUGACUUCAGUCCCAGCAGCACCAGUUCGGCAGACCUGAGUGGCCUAGGAGCAGAACCCAAGACACCAGGGCUCUCUCAGUCCUUAGCACUGUCGUCAGAUGAGAGCCUGGAUAUGAUAGAUGACGAGAUCCUUGAUGAUGGACAGUCUCCCAAACACAGUCAGUGUCAGAAUCGGGCCGUUCAUGAAUGGAGUGUGCAGCAGGUUUCUCACUGGCUAAUGAGCCUAAAUCUGGAGCAGUAUGUAUCUGAAUUCAGUGCCCAAAACAUCACUGGAGAGCAACUCCUGCAGUUGGAUGGAAAUAAACUUAAGGCUCUUGGAAUGACAUCAUCCCAGGACCGAGCAGUGGUCAAAAAGAAACUCAAGGAAAUGAAGGUGUCUCUAGAGAAGGCUCGGAAGGCUCAAGAGAAAAUGGAAAAACAAAGAGAAAAGCUGAGGAGGAAGGAACAAGAGCAAAUGCAGAGAAAGUCUAAAAAGACAGAAAAGAUGACAGCUGCCGCAGACGGUGCCGGUGAGCAGUAACACGCGCCUUCGCCCAAAGAAGAGAAGUCUUCACCCUUCCUGCCCUGCUCUCCUCUGGAGGAUGAAAGAGAAAACUGAUGACAGGGGUAAUGUGCUCUAGGCAGACGGGGAACUGUGUGUUGAAUAACUGCGUUCUCUGCAAUAGAAUACACUCUUAAUUUUCAUCUACUGAAAUAGUCCCAUGCCACCUUUGGUUUGUUAACAAACCAAGGAUCUCAUUUUUGAGAGAUGCAAAGUAGCUGUGUUUCUCUCUUCUCUUACUUACCACCAUCUUGUGUUGUGUGGGAUGGGUUGUGUCAGUUGGAGAACCAGCGUGACCCUGCCCAACAAGAGCAUGACACCUGGUGUUGUUAAUGGAGCGCCAUGAAUUUUUGUUAUGGGAUCCUGAAACUGGGCAAUUGCACAUGUCUGCAUGGCCGAGAGCAUGACUCUGCCAUGAGAUCUGGGCAGCAGAAUCUACUCCAAUGUGUGGGGAAGGUUCCUCCUCAUUUCUGUGUCUGGACAGUGAGACAACCCCACUGAGGGCAUGUGGGAGCUCUGCCACAUAAUUACCUACUAUGGCAAAAGGCAGGCAAACUCUUCUGCUUGCUGGGCGUCAGAAAGAGAGAAAAGAAUUAUAGUUAUUCAUUAACCCCAGAAGGAAGCAAAAGCCUUAAGACCGUGGAUGUGGGUAUUACCUUGGAGUUCUAAGGGUAACAUUUAUCCUCCAGAUUUAGCCAAACAGAGAAAAGAUCAGACGUUAAUGCAGCCGUGGGAUAUUGGGAUCUGUUGUUUACUUUGUGACUGCUGCGUGUUCAGUAUUUCAGCAACGCUGACACUCACAACACAGUUCCUUUUUCCCUGAACAAAUUGAACAGGAAAUUGAUUUUUAAGGAAACCAGCAUUUUCAGGUUUCCUCUCCUGGGGAACAUUCUGGCUGAUCUUCAGCCUGCCUAUGACACAAUCAGGAACCCGUCACAUAUUUUCUACUCGAGAUUUCCCAAAUGGGCCCAGUUAGUGUUUUAACAAAUGUACUUUUAAGAAAAAUAGAAAAACCAGUUAGAGAAAAUUUAGAUUUGAGUAACAUUCAACCAGAGAAGCAAUUUUAUUAAGCACACAGAAUCUUCCUGUAAAGGAGAGCUGUCAGUUACAUUUUAGAGAUGUUUUGGUUUUUCUGAGCCAUUCUCUUCCACUUUUUAAAGGUUUCCACUUUAUAGUUCAAGUUUGUUUAAGACAGUACACAGGAUACAGCCUAGCAAUUGAGACAGUUAUACUUAUUUUAAAGCCAGUAUUAAGGAUUUCAGUAUUUCAUCAAACUAAUUCAAGUGCAGGAGGCUGGGGCAGAAGGAGGUGGAAAUAAACUCAUCUUGAGAAAUUUCAAAUGGUGGGUUGUUUUUUGUUGUUGUUUUGCUUUCUCUGCUCGUGUAUCUGGUUCUCUUUGCUGCAUUGACUCUAAAAAUGAGGUCCUUCACUUUCCAAGGGACGAGUUUCAAGAUAAGAGUUGAGGCCAAACGAAUUCUUGGACAAGUGUUUUACUUCCUUUACUAUGUAGGGAAGGUCUCUGUCCCUAUCUUCCACUGGACACGUGAUAUAAGCAGAGCCUGGGGGAAGACUUUUGAAGGUUACAGAUAACAGAUAACCUGUUAUAUAGUCCUGCCCAUAUAGCUCUAUCUUGUAUUUUGAACAUUGUGAUUUUUUUUUUUUGCUUGUCUUAAUAUCCAAAAUCUGGAGUUAUCAAAACUAGACAAUUUUAAUCCUGUUCUUUCCCUAAGGCCUGUUUCCUUUUCAGUGACAGUGUAUUCUCUCUUAAGCUCCAAUCCUUUUGUCACUAGGUACAGGUCAUUUAUCCGAUCUACAGAAACACUGACAUAAAGUAACAUUGUGUUUUACAAUUAUCAAAGGCGCGAUGUGUGUUUUCCUGUCCAUCUUCCUUCGGAGUAUGAUAAUGAAGCUGCCAUACUGGACGGUUAGUAUUUGAGAUGGUGGUGGUGCUUUGCUCUUUGUUAAUAUCAUGAGAAACAAGGAACCACUAUUAAUGAACUACAAAAUUCAACAAAUCUUUUCUAAUAUUAAAAGACUAAAUUAGUCAAAAUCUGGUAAUAGUAUGCUUGCUAUUGUACAUUUUUGCCAUUUUUGCUUAUCUUUGGGAAAAAAGUGAUCUGGAUCACACUGGAAUUUCACUGUAUUCAUUGUAAGAGUGGAAAGAGAAGGAAGGUUAUCUUAAGUUAUGUUUACACUUUGGUAAUGUUUGAAAAUGGAUGUAUAUACUGGAAAUGUGUGUAAGUCUCAGUCUCUGCACAUAAUUUAUGAUCUAUUACAUUGCAUUUUCUUAAGAGUCUUAGAAGUAUUGUUUUUUUAAACUUUAUUUGUACACUUCAAAUGUUAGAUCAGUGACCAACUGACUAUAUUGUAAAUCAACUUCUUAUUCCUCAAAUCAUUUAGUUUACAAUUAUUUUGAUCUUUUAAGUUAAAUUAUAGUAAUUUUAGGUCUUAAUGAGUUAUUUUUAACAUUACUACUUAAAACUGCUGAAAUUGUAAGAGGCACUUGAUUUGAUUGUUCACAAAGAAUAAAAUGGAAACUGACUGGUAAAAGGGUAUGAAAACAAAGUGAAGGGCCUCAGCUCUUAUGAACAUUUUGUUUUCCUCUUAUUUUUUUAUUGCCUCUAGUGCAUGAUGCCUAAUCGAGGUUCCAGUGUCUUACACAGUUCCUACUUUAAUGCUAGUGGUUUUCAGUGUCUGUAGAAUUUGACACAGAAUUGUUGCUUCAUGAAUCUUAAAGACUUUGCAGUUUAUUUAUCAGAAAAUGAACAAAAACUGAAUAUCUGGUUACUAUGAACUAUAGUCCCUAAAGGACAGCUCAGUAUGACUCUAACAACAGCCAGAAGUGUUUAGGGUACUGGUUAUGCUUCGGGGGCAGGAGAUGUGUGGCAAGGCCAAGUCAUGGUCAGAGAGCGUUGUAUGAGCUGAGUGUCUGGGUCAUGGUUUUCCAUUAAAGGACUUUAGUUUUAUAACAGAAUUGCUUUAUUUAAGACCAUCUCCCUUAAAGUAACUCACAGUUUAUCUAAUAGUUUUCUCAUUCUUUUUUUGCCUGACUGCUAAGUCCUUAGUGCUUUCUGAAUGAAAAGGUAAAUGGAAAAGAAAAGCCCAGGUUUUUUUAUAUCUUUUCAAAUUUACCUUUAAUUAAGGAUCUACCUGUACUCUAUUCUGAAGCUAAGCAUUUAAGGAUGAAGUCCAGAAAUAAGAUGUCCAUAUUUUCUACUAGAAUUAUUUCAUUAUGAUGAUGGGGGUGGGGAGUAAAUUCUCAAAAAAAAGCACUGUUGUGAGAAGUACAAAUGUGUUUCAGUGAUUCACUCCUGAAAAACAGCCUGGGUAUGCAGGCAGUAUUGUUUAUAUUUGUCUUAGGUAUUUAAAGUCUCAGGAAAUUCAAGCCAGGUCCAAAACACUGGGGAAAAAAUAGCACCAGACAGUAUGCUAGCAUUAUUAGAAUAACUUAAAGUAGCAGCAUUGAAUAGACUCAACCAAGAAGUCAGAGGGCAAAGCAGCAGCCUACAGAAUCCGUUUCCCCCUGGAAAUGAAAGCAACCAGUUCCACUGCGUGGUGCACAGAGGCUCCUUACCUCCUUGUUCGUGGGUGUCUGCGGGUGUGUUGAGGGAAGGGCUGUUACUUGAAGGCUCACAUAUGUGAGUGUAUAGGCCAAGUGCAGCAUGUGACUGCUUCCAGAUUGACAGAGUGGGGAAGGAAAGAAACAUAAUGGUUUCCAAUCCUUGGUCCUACCCCAAUCCCAACUCCAAAACUGCUAGGGAUAAGAGGUAAGGUAUAAGAACAAGAGGCAACUUCUCAGUAAAGUGCAUGCCACUUGUAUAGAUAUACAGAACUACAUAUGUGUGAAUAUAUCUCCCACCUUGCAUACACACAUACCGCAAUCACAUGGCGUAAAACAUAUAUAUCACAUAUGGAACUUGGUAAUGUCGGUUAGGACCCUGAGCAGUAAUCAUAGCCUUAUUGCCACUUUUUGUGUUGUGUAUACAUUGAAUGGCUCAUAAGAUUUUAAGAGAUUUUUUUAAUGUAAGUAUUUCUACUAAAUGCACUUAUCCUUCUACAUGUUUAUAUAUUUUGGUAAAAUUGAUUUAUUAGAUACCUGGUAUUUUAGUAAGAUAAAGUUUCCUCAAAUGUUUGGUUAAUGCUUUGAUGUCAAGAUUGCACAUUGCUGAGUUGAAGCUCAGAUGUUUAUGCAGCUUUGGGCAUUUUCAACUGCAGACUGCAGUUGCCUUGGCUAAAAAUUGCACUGUGUGUUCUUGUGCAUUCGCUCAUGCUCUAAACUGACAUAUUUGGUAGGUGUGAUGCUUAAGUCACUAACUACUGGCUCUCUGAUGGCAGUGUUGCCAUCACAUGACCAUUUAUUUACUUCUUUUGUGGAGUGAUGGCAUGGUUAAGUCAUUGCCAAAUAUAAUACAAGUGGAUGUGAGCGUGAGUAUGUUGUUGGAAGGUGUACACUUCUAUUUCUUUCAGAUUUUUUAUUCACACACCCAGGUUUUCUGUUAAGGAUUUACUCUUUCAUCCAUGAAAGAACAAUUGGCCAAAAUAAAUUACCUUAAAAAGUGGGAAUUAAGAGGCACCCCAGCUAGAUAACACCUCCCAACAACAUCAGAUUCAGUUAGUGCUUAGUGAAACCCCUUAAAUAUAUAUGUCUAUGCUUUCCUUAAUAUUAUUUAUGGUCAUCACUACUGCUUUUGUAUUUUUUAAUGGUGUUGCAAUUGAACCACUAGUAUACCUGCUACAUGUUACUAAUAAAACUGGCCAGCUGAAAAAAGAAAAAAAUAGAAUGAAUUCUGUUCCGUUGUAAGAAGUGGAUUUAUUUUCAUCUUUCUUUAUAUAUCACUAAAGGAAAACAGUUGUUUGAAAAUAAUUUUAAGUCCAAUAAGUAUGGAUAGCAUGUUAUCUGCAACUUUUAAUUUGUACAUUUUGGUAUCUGAUCAUUUGCAUGAAAGAGACAAUAGUGCUACGUCUGAAUUGUUCUCUUGUGCUUGGUUAAUAUGUACUUCUCUAGAUCGUUCCAUUUCCAAUGACAUUUCUUACUCUUCGGUUUUCAGAGGCAUUCAAAGCAAACUAUCACAGUGGUCCUUUGUUUUCUGACCAAUCUAAAAAUACCUGUGAUUAAAUUUAAUUUGUUAGUGUAAAUAAAUUUCUUGCCAAUGAGUAUUAUUGUUGUUAGACAACGAAUGCAAUAAAAAGAGA